AUGACGAAACGAAGCUACGUCGAGGAGCCUAUCGCCAUUGUAGGAUCGGCAUGCCGGUUCCCCGGCGGCUCCAACUCACCUUCGAAGCUAUGGGACCUGCUCGAACAGCCUCGUGAUGUUCUAAAGACAUUCGAUCCCGAACGCCUCAACUUGGAACGCUUCUACCACCCUGAUGGCGAAACUCAUGGCUCGACAAAUGUUACGAACAAGUCUUACCUCCUCGAGCAGGACACACGUCUCUUCGAUGCCUCAUUCUUCGGCAUCACUGGUAUGGAGGCUGCAGGGAUGGACCCACAGCAGCGCAUGCUCUUGGAGACGGUGUACGAAGCCUUUGAGUCGGCGGGCAUGACCCUAGAACAGCUCAAGGGCUCCUUUACCUCAGUACAUGUCGGAGUCAUGACAAACGACUGGACUAGCAUCCAGCUUCGAGAUCCGGAGACCAUUCCACAAUAUACUGCGACCGGAACCGCGAAUAGCAUUAUCUCGAACCGGAUCUCGUACGUGUUCGAUCUUCAAGGUCCAUCUGUCACAAUCGAUACCGCAUGUUCCAGCUCUCUGGUAGCGUUACAUCAGGCGGCCCGGGGUCUGCUCGACGGCGACGGCGAAGCUGCCGUCGUGGCCGGCGUGAACAUUAUCCUCGACCCAACCCUGUAUAUUACUGAGUCUAAGUUGCACAUGCUUUCAUCCGACUCACGAUCCCGUAUGUGGGACAAGUCGGCCAGCGGCUAUGCUCGGGGCGAGGGGACAUCGGCGCUGCUCCUCAAGACACUGAGCCGAGCGCUGCGGGACGGUGACCAUAUCGAAGGCCUGAUCCGCAGCACCGGCGUCAACUCGGACGGCCAGAGCCCCGGCAUCACUAUGCCAUUCGCUCCGACCCAGGCUGCUCUUAUUCGUCGAACGUAUCGUCGCGCUGGACUAGAUCCUAUCAAGGACCGGCCUCAGUACUUUGAGGCUCACGGUACCGGCACUCCUGCAGGAGAUCCGGUCGAGGCACGUGCAAUUAGUGACGCUUUUGUAGCGGCCCAUGGGCCCACGUCUUUUGACAAUCCGAUGUACGUCGGAUCCAUUAAGACGGUGAUCGGGCAUUUGGAGGGCUGCGCGGGCCUCGCCGGUGUGAUGAAGGUGCUGCUGGCCCUCAAGCACCGGACUAUUCCCCCCAAUCUGUUAUUCAACGAGCUCAACCCAGCCAUUGCACAAUACUACGGACCGCUUCAAAUCCCCACAACAGCGCUGCCAUGGCCUGAAUUGCCCACCGGUACGCCAGCACGUGCAAGCGUGAAUAGUUUUGGGUUUGGAGGCACGAAUGCCCAUGCCAUCAUCGAAAGUUAUGACAACGGCGUUUCGGUACGGGAACACGACGAGCAGAUUGGUGUACUCGGUCCCUUGCUCUUUUCAGCAGCAUCGGGACCGUCCCUGCUGCGCACCGUCCGAUCAUAUCUAACGCACCUGGGAGAGCAUCCCGAGCUGGAUAUGGGCGACCUGAGCUGGCUGCUUCAAACGCGCCGCUCCACCCACAGGGUGCGCGCCAGUUUCUCUGGGAAAUCACGAGAAUCCAUUCUGGAGAAUAUGCGAGCCUGGGUAGCCACGUAUGAGAAAUCGACGGGUGGCAGCAUCGGAUACCAGCCUCGCCUGGUCAAUCCAAAGGAGAUCUCUGGCGUUCUGGGUGUCUUUACCGGCCAGGGCGCACAAUGGCCCACUAUGGGACGGGAACUAUUCAACCGCUCCCCAUUAUUCCGACGCACUAUAGAAGAAUGUGAGUCUGUUUUGCGGGCUCUGCCCGGUCACGAUGCGCCCACAUGGUCGCUGGUGCAAGAAUUGCUCGUCGAGGCCUCCUCGUCACGCCUCUCAGAGGCCGUAAUCGCGCAGCCCAUGUGCACCGCUAUUCAACUUGCUUUAGUCGACUUGCUUGCUGCUGCGGGCAUUGGUUUUGAUGCAGUGAUAGGGCACUCGUCCGGAGAAAUUGCUGCAGUAUACGCUAGCGGCAUUAUUACACGCGCGGGUGCCUUGCAGAUCGCUUACUACCGCGGCUUCCACGCGCAACGGGCCGCCGGGGAACAGGGCCAGCGCGGCGCCAUGAUGGCCGUGGGUCUCUCGCUUGACCAGGCCUCUCAGUUCUGCAGUCGCCUAGAAUUCGUAGGACGUCUGCGGGUCGCGGCUAGCAACUCACUGCAAAGCGUGACGCUGUCUGGGGAUAUCGACGCCGUCCAAGAGGCAAAACAGAUAUUCGAUGCCGACAGUGUCUUUGCACGCUUGCUCAAGGUCGACACAGCAUACCACUCCCACCAUAUGCAACCAUGUGCUCAACCGUACCUACAAUCCCUGCUGGCGUGCAAAAUCGAGGUCCGGACGCCCAAACCAGGCCAAUGCAUUUGGAGCUCGAGUGUACGGGGAAAUACGGAACUGCUUGGGGGUGAUUUGAGCUCCUUAAAGGGCCCGUACUGGGUUGCCAACAUGGUGCAGACGGUUCUUUUCUCCCAGGCUGUCGAGUCAUCGAUCUGGCACGGCGGACCUUUCGAUGUCGCUAUCGAGGUUGGUCCACACCCCACCCUCAAAGGCCCUGUGGAGCAAACCCUCAAGGCCGUUUACGGCUCAACGCCCCUCUACACCGGCGUCCUCAAACGCGAUGGCAGCGACGCCGUGGCCUUUUCGACAGCCAUAGGGGCGGUUUGGACGCAGUUAGGCCCCUCGGCGAUUGACUUCGCCGGCUAUCGUGCAGCUUUCUACCAUGGGCAGCCACCAGUGCCUCGAGUACCCCAGGACCUGCCAGCUUACGUAUGGGACCAUGAGAAAAUUCAUUGGCGCGAGUCAACGAUGUCACGGCGUUAUCGUACAGGACGCGAUGCGAGCAAUGAGCUGUUGGGGAAACGCACGCCUGACGACAACGAGCGUGAGCUGCGCUGGCGCAAUGUACUACGCCUCGGCGAACUGCCUUGGAUGCGUGGCCAUGAGGUGCUUGGCGAAGUGCUGCUUCCCGGUGCAGCCUAUGUGUCCUUCGCGGUUGAGGCUGGCUAUCAGCUCGCGGCCGCUGCGGAGCGCGAGGUCGUAUUGCUCGAGGUUGAGAAUGUAGAUAUUCUCCGGCCCGUGGUCGUCCCUGAUAAUAAAGACGGUGUCGAGACCUUAUUCACAGUCCAGUUGCUCAAUGGUUCUUCCCUGCGUGGAACAAUCGACAAUGUACGAGCUAAAUUUUCAUACUACGUCUGUGUGAACCAGACUGCUGGGACCAUGGUUCAUGCAAGCAGCGGUGAGCUUGUGGUCCAUUUUGGCAAGCCAUCCGAGUCCGGGGAUAUGCUACCGCUGCGUGAUCCAGUGCCCGCCAAUCUUAUCGACAUCGAUUGUGCCCGGGUUUAUUCUAUGUUCGAGGGGAUCGGGCUUAAAUACACAGGGCCAUUCCAUACCAUGACGAAAAGCAGUCGAUGUCUUGGUUAUGCCACCGCCAAUGGCAUCUGGCCCGAUAGAUCGCUGGGUAGCGGCAGCAUUAUGCAUCCCGCCUUGCUUGACGUUGCCUUUCAAACUCUGAUUCUCGCCCGAGCUCAUCCCGCAAGUGGCCAUAUCACCACGGCAAUUCUGCCCUCACACAUUGACCGUGUACGAGUUAGCCCGUUGAUGCCAAUUUUGCAGAAGCAACGGUCAGGAGAUGGGGAGAUGAGCGCCGAUUUUGAGAGCUGGGCAGUUAAGCAAACUGUCACCUCCCUGACCGGGGAUAUCAAUGUGUACGAUGCUGCGUCGGGACGGACCUUGGUGCAGGUCGAAGGCCUGGCUCUUAACAUGGUAGGCGAGCAAGAUGCAUCCCGCGACCGUCCUGUGUUUGCCAAAACGCUAUGGGCACGAGACGUAGUGCUUGAACUGCCGGAUCUCGAACGCAAUGCGGCCCAUGAUACCGAGCUGCUCCGCUUGUCCGAGGAUAUGGAGCGCGUAGCGCUAUUCUAUGCACGACGCUUGAUCGAGGAGACUGCUUCUGAGGAUAGGGGCAAGUUUAAAUGGUAUCAUCAGCGCAUGUUGGAGGCGUUUGACGAGCAUUUGGCACUGGCGGCCAGUGGACAACAUCCUCUGCUGCGGCGCGAGUGGUUGGUCGAUGGUCCAGAGAUAUUGAAGGGAAUGGACGCGGCACAUCCAGAUGCGGUCCAAUUGCAAAUGCUUCAUGCGGUGGGCAACAACCUCGCAGGCAUCGUCCAGGGACAGAUAUCGCAAUUGCAAGUCAUGACUAAGGACGAUCUGCUCAACCGCUUUUUCAUGGAGGACUUGGCUUGCAUUCGCGUCAACCAGUUCCUUGCCGAUACGCUACGUCAAAUUACCUUCAAGUACCCUCGUUGCAAUAUUCUUGAAAUUGGUGCAGGUACUGGUGGCACGACAAGGAGUGCGCUGAAAGCUAUUGAUGAUGCUUAUAUGUCCUAUACGUUCACUGAUAUCUCAUCCGCUUUCCUUCCUAGUGCGGAAGAAAAGUUCGCAGGCUAUUCUCACAAGAUGAUUUUCAAGACGCUCGACAUUGAGAAUGACCUUGAUAGCCAGGGGUACGCACCCCACUCGUUUGACAUCGUGAUUGCGGCCAACGUUCUCCACGCUACUCACAAUCUGCACAAGACAAUGCGUAACGUGCGCUCACUGCUUCGCCCUGGCGGCUACGUCCUGCUGUUCGAGACCACUGGCGAAACCCUAAGCAUUCCAUUAAUGUUCAGCGGCCUCCCUAGUUGGUGGCCCGGUGAAGAACCCGAACGUAGGCUCCGGCCCAUUAUGCCUCCCCUCCACUGGGAACAGAUUCUGUCCGACACGGGAUUCUCGGGGCUCGACAUGGUUGUCCAUGAUGUUGCCGUUGAGUCUAAGCACACAACAGCGCUGCUGGUCACCCAGGCCACCAACGAUACAGUUCUGCGCUUGCGUGAGCCGCUGGCUGACCUUGCAGCUGUCCCAGCCCCACUCGAGCCGAUUUUGCUCAUUGGCGGGAAGAAGCUGGCGACUGCUAAAAUGCUAACUGAGAUACAGAAGCUACUGCCCCGUGCCUGGCGGUCCCGUGUGCGAGUAGUGAGCAGCGUUGACGACAUUGAUCUUGCUAAAAUAAACCCCGGCACUGAUAUCAUCUGCUUACACGACAUCGACGAGCCGUUGUUUGUAACUACUAUGACAGCGCCGCGCCUAGCCGCUUUACAAAGCUUAUUGAUGAAGUCACGGAACUUGCUCUGGGUGAGCAGCGCUACUACCGGGAAAACGCACUCGCCCCGUGCCACCAUGUUCCACGGCAUCGCGCGUGUGGCGGCCGCUGAGAUGGCACACUUGCAUGUGCAGAUACUUGGGCUUGAAGCCGGUAUAGUACCCGCGGCGGCUGCCCGCUUUUGUCUGGAGGCUUUCCUACGCCUGAGAGAGACAGCGGAGGCGGCUGUUGGCGAUGCCGCAAGCGAGGGAGCCCUGUUGUGGGCACACGAGGAGGAAAUGGAGGUGCUCGCCCAUGGCGAGGUCAUUAUCCCUCGUGUUGUGGCGGACAAGGCUUUGAACGAGGUGUAUCUUGCAUCGAGUCGCACCGUCACCAAGCGCGUAGAUGCCACCGACUUGGUCACUCACGCUAUUCCUGGGCCGGCUAGGAUGAUGCUACAGGCGGGUGAUGAUGUGGAGAGGAGCGCCAACACCUCCCGUGUACAAGUCAAGUACGCUUUACACAUUCCAGCCAAGACAGGCGACGGAAUUUAUCUUGUCUGCGGAACAUCUGCUUCUACUUCUUCUCCCGUCAUAGCUAUAUCUCACAAGAACUCCUCCGUCAUCAUGGUGCCCUCUGGACACCUCGUAACCAUCGCCCCUGAAGAAUGCACGCCCGAUAUACUUGUGGCCACAGCUGAUCGCCUAUUCGUGCAUGCUGUUACUGCCCUCGCGGUACCCGGCAGCCCUGUACUCUUCUAUGGUGCCGAGACAAUACAGGCUAAAGAACUAACUGCUGAGCUUGCAAUUCAAGGUAGCGGCGCCAUUUUUGCAAGCUCGGACCCCGAUGCCCCCGAUACUUACAUCAAAAUACAUGCCCAGUCCUCCAAGCGUGCCAUUCAACGGGCCGUGCCUCCCGAUGUUACAUUAUAUAUCGACUGUCAAAUGUUCCCAUCCGCCGUAAGCGACACACUCGGGGACUCCUUUAUCCUGGGCGGUAAAGCUUGGAAUCUUGAUGCAAGACUUUUAGAGGACGCUUUUAGGACUUCCAAGUUGGCGGCGGCCACACUGCUAGAAGAUGCUUAUUUGUACGCCAAAAAGACGACAGCCGACCUGGUAACGACGCUGCCGGCACAUUCAUCUCUGAGUUGCGAUGUAGUGGAGGUGGCUGCGCUAGCCGGUGCUCAAGUAUCAUCGCUUGCACAUACGCGAUACGUAACUGACUGGCAAAGGCGCGAAUCUCUCUUGUUGAUGGUGCCGCCACUUGAUACACGAGGUCUGCUCCGACCUGAUCGGACUUAUUUGAUGACUGGUGCUGCGGGAGGUUUAGGUCUUUCCAUCUGCAAAUGGUUGUUAGCCAAUGGUGCAAAGCAUAUGGUCAUCACGAGCCGCAAUCCCAAUGUUGACCCGGCUACGCUUGAAGAUGCACGACGCGCAGGCGCCUCUGUACAUGUCCUUGCUAUGGACGUGUCUAAUAAGGCCUCGGUCAGCAGUGUUGUGCAACAUAUCCGAAACACAAUGCCUCCUAUUGCUGGCGUGUGCAACGCCGCCAUGGUGCUUACAGACAAGCUCGUACUAGAUAUGGACAUCAACCAGCUGAACGGCACACUCGCACCAAAGGUAGACGGUAGCGAGCUCCUGGAUGCAGCUUUCGGUAAUGAAGCCCUUGACUUCUUUAUAAUGCUUUCGUCGUCAGCAACUGUGCUUGGCAACAUUGGCCAGGCCAAUUACCACGUGGCCAAUCUAUUCAUGGCAAGCUUAGCGGCGCAACGACGAUCGCGUGGACUCCCAGGUUCUGUUGUACACGUCGGCCAUAUCACCGAUGUUGGCUACAUUGUCAUGGCUCGAGACCGCACCGCCCAGCUCGAGGAGCACUUCCGCACCAUCCGCCUAAUGCCACUGUCCGAGACGGAUGUACACCAUGCUUUCGCCCAAGCCAUCCGUGGCGGAAAACCUGGCAGCCACGUUUCGCCCGAUAUUAUCAUGGGCGUGGAGCCCGCCGAAGAGCCCAUGGCAUCCGACGUAGUCGAAGUAUCCGAGAGCAAGAUUCCGUGGCUGGCGAACCCGCGCCUAGGUCACCUAGUGCCCGUCGCCACGCUGCAUGGGAGCCGGCAAGCGCAGGCUCAGCUUGGGGUGGCAGGAGCAGGAAGUCUUCGACAACUGGUGCAGGAUACUGAAGACGAAGAGGAAGCUGUGGCGGUGGUGCUAGAGGUCUUCUGCGCCAAGUUGGAAGCCACGCUGCAGCUACCAGCCGGCCGGGCUAUGGAGAAUGCGCAGCGCGCCAUCAUUGACCUUGGUAUCGACUCGUUGGUAGCAGUCGAGAUUCGGACUUGGUUUCUCAAAGAACUAGGCGUCGAGGUACCCGUUGUCAAAAUUUUGGGCGGAGACAGUGUACAACAAAUUUGUAUCACUGCUGCGAGAACGGUUAUGUCGAGGAAUAUCAAGGCAGAGAGAGCUGAAGAGAUCAAAGCCAAGGCCAAAGCAAGUACCGCAGUUGAUAAUUCGAUUGCUGCUUCCGCUGCUAGUUCUUCUCCUCUUACUGUCCCUGUUCCCAAUGCUCAAAAUGGAUCGCAAGUGGAGGAAAUUACUCCUAGCGUGUCCGAAACGGACGAUGACUCUGCGAGAUCGAUCUAUACCAGUCCGGAUACCGAUUCCUCUGAGACCACAAGCACCUCGCUGGUCAAGCCUACUGAUAGUUCGUCUUCUUCCAUAACAGAAGCCAAGAGCGAAACUGAACAAGAAGCUAAUGCAACUGAGGUUGAAAUAAUCCGCCAAGAGCGCAUGUCACGGUCCCAAGCCAGAAUCUGGUUUCUGAGCCAACAUCUGGAUGACCCAGCAGCUUACAACAUGCGGGUCGGUGAUGGCCAUGCCAUGCAGGGCCUGAUAUCGUCCUCAGCCUACGAGCUAGAUUAUGUUCCUGAUGCCGAUGAUAAUGAUUUGCGUCAGUCAUUAGCCCGUUUGAAAACACGCACUUGGGAUCUCCAGGCAGGACGUACACUGGGCGUUGCCGUGCUGAGCCGUGGCCCCGAACUGCAUGACUUCGUCUUUGGAUAUCAUCACAUUAUUACCGACGUCGUGGGCUGGUUUAUGUUUUUACAGGACUUGAACCAUGCAUACCGCAUGCAGCCUUUGGAUAAGGCCAGCAUCGGCUCCCACCUUGACUAUACAGCCCAGCAGCUCAAGUUGGAAGAAGCGGGCGGCCUGUACGACGAGCUACUGGCUUUCUGGCAAACCGAGUUCUCUACCUUACCUGACCCGCUCCCACUACUGCCGUCAGCCUCGGUGCGCGCCCGCCCUACCCAGCAGGCACCUGGGCGGACUGGAAAGAAGAUUCAUAGCGAUUACCGGACUAUGGCGGUCGAGCGAGUGGCUGCCGUCAAGGCGACGUGUCGUCGGCUACGCAUAAGUCCCUUCCACUUCUACUUGGCGGUGCUAGAAGUGCUGCUGGCGCGUCAGACAGGGACCGAGGACAUCUGUGUUGGGAUCGUGGACGCCAAUCGAGGUGACGACGAAAAAGUUGCCCGUAUGGUUGGUUGCUUUGUGAAUAUGCUCCCUGUGAGGGUUCGCGUUGAGACCCAGAAUAGUUUUGCUGAAGUGGCCCGCGGAGCAUCACGCAAGGCGCUCGCCGCAUUUGCACAUGCUGGAUUGCCUUUUGAUGUACUCCUGGACGCCGUGAAGGCUCCUCGCUGGGCAGAUGGCACCACACCUCCAUUGUUCCAGGCAGCGUUGAACUACCGCGGUGCUGGCUGGUCAGACCUCCCUCUAGGCGCAGACUGCCGUAUGAAGUUGUCUAUGGACGACGGAAAAGAUGCGGAGACGCCGUAUGAUAUUAGUCUGGGUGUGAUUGAUAUGGCACAGGAGUGCAUUAUUGAUCUACAUUGCCCAGCGACAUUAUACAGCACGGAUGCUGUAAAAGGAAUGAUGGAUGCCUACAUGCGCCUCGUCGAUGCAUUUGCGUCCGAUCCGGAUAUGCGUAUUGAUAAAUGCUCCCUCCACGGCGAGGCUCAGGUCAGCAAGGCCCUCGACCUUGGAAAGGGCCCCGUGGUAGAUUUUGGCUGGCCAGCAACGCUGUCCCAACGUUUUCUUGAUAUGUUCAGCCUCCACUCUACCCAGCCUGCCGUUAUAGACAACGGAACAACUGUUUCGUAUACCCAGAUCGCUGCCCGUGUCAACUCGGUAUCCAACGCGCUCCGCACUUCUGGAUGUACCGCAGGCGACCGUAUUGCCGUGCUGUGCGAACCGUCAGCAGACUCCAUAGUUGCUCUACUAGCUAUUCUUCAAACCGGCUGUGUAUACGUACCCUUGGACACUAGCCUACCAACGGCACGACAUGCAGCUAUGUUCCAGAGCUGCGAGCCUAUCUUACUGCUUUUCCACGCAGCCACCGAGAAAUCUGUUGCCGAACUGAGCAAUGAGACCAGCAAUCUAUUCCGCGAAAUGCGUAUCGACAAUAUCUCGCCUACAAACCCCCUCUCCAGGAUGUCCUGCUCAUCAGACCCCACUGCGCCUGCUGUUCUGCUCUUCACCAGCGGCUCCACAGGCACGCCUAAGGGCAUCCUCCUGAGCCAGGGCAACUUUGCUAACCACAUCGCCCUCAAAAAGCAGGAGCUGGUCUUGGGUCAGGAGCAUGUUUUACAACAAAGCUCACUGGGAUUCGAUAUGUCAUUGAUACAAACCUUUUGUGCGCUCGCCAACGGCGGAUGCCUAGUAAUUGCACCCCGCGAUGUACGCCGCGAUCCAGUGGCAAUGACAGCUCUAGUGCGCAAGCAUCGUGUCUCCUUGACCAUCGCAACGCCCUCCGAGUACCUAACGUGGCUGCGUUACGGGUCAUUGUCGUUGCAGGGCCACACCGCGUGGCGGCAUGCGUGUAUGGGUGGUGAGCUUGUUUCAGAGGAGUUGAAGAAUGGGUUCCGCCGGCUCAACCUGGCGGGACUACAGCUGACCAACUGUUAUGGCCCAACUGAGAUUACUGCCGCAGCAUCGUUUCAGACGAUCGACAUGAACAGUGCUGUUGUCAGUGAUUAUGAGAUUGACGACGAGGAGCAGCAUCUGAGAGUCAAGUACGCCGUGGGAAAGGCGCUGCCAAACUACUCGGUCUGCAUUCUCGACGAAGCAGGCCGGCCGCAGCCGGUGCAGACUACAGGUGAGAUUUGCAUCGGCGGUGCUGGUGUGGCGCUGGGGUAUUUGGGCCUGCCCGACGAGACACGCAGCAAGUUUACCACAGAUCCAAGUACAGGCUACCGUGUCUACCGCACCGGUGACCAAGGACGUUUGCUCGCCGACGGUACCCUGUUGUGCUUUGGCCGUCUAGAGGGGGAUACCCAGAUCAAGCUGCGCGGUUUGCGGGUCGAACUCCAGGAGGUAGAGGUGGCCCUGCUCCAGGCCGCUGAUGGCGUCCUAUCCACCGUCGUUGUUUCCCCGCGGGGAGAUGUUCUGAUUGCACACGCUACCAUAUCUUCUGGGCACGAAAGUGCAGUCGGCACGGCCGAGCUGGCAGAAAUCCUCAAGCGUUUGCGGUUACCACAAUACUUCAUUCCAGCAAGCAUCAUCGUGCUUCCAACUCUGCCUACCAAUGCGAACGGAAAGCUUGACCGCAAGGCGAUUGCAGCUUUACCACUUCCCAUCACCCGAGAUGCAGAUGGCACGCCGCUGGACCCUCGCCCUCAGGAGAAGAUGAACGUCCGUGAAGGCGAGCUGCGCUUGUUGUGGGAACGGGUACUCCCCGCUGUCGCAACGGCAGAGCGAAUCACUCCAUCGUCGGACUUCUUCCUUUCCGGAGGCAACUCCAUGCUACUCAUGCGCUUGCAAGCUGCUAUCACCGAAUCCAUGGGUGUAAAAGUACCGACCCGCGUGCUUUAUGGCGCCAGCACAUUAGCUGCCAUGUCGCGUGCAGUCCAAGAGCGCCGCGAGGCCGAGGCGGAUGACGUCGAUGACCCUGAAGACAUCGACUGGGCUACCGAGACGGCUGUGCCUGGAUGGCUGAAGCAACAGAUACGCGAGACACUGCAGCCAAGUUCGACUAAAACCAAGAAGACUAAGAGCAAGGCUGGUGGUCUUGAGAUCGUUCUUACGGGCGCCACGGGCUUUCUUGGUGGCCGCCUUCUGCAUAUGCUACUCGACUCGCCAGCUGUACGUGCCGUGCACUGUAUUGCUGUACUCCCUGACGAUACACACCUGCUGCCCCAAAACAGUCAGAACAAGAUCCACUGCUACACCGGCAGCUUAGCAGACCCAACGCUGGGCCUUACUCCGACCGAGUCCGAGCUAUUAGAGCAGACGGCCGAUGUGAUCGUGCACGCCGGCGCCAGCGGGCACUGCCUAAACAACUAUGCAACGCUACGAGGGCCUAAUCUUGUCUCCACGCACCGACUUGCCUCGCUAGCGCUUCCCCGCGCUGUGCCCCUCCUCUUCAUCUCUUCAAACCGUGUCGCUCUGCUCGGUGGACGUACCGCACAGCCGGCCGAGUCACUAGCAGCUUUCACACCUCCUGUUGAUGGCCGUGAGGGAUAUACAGCGAGUAAGUGGGCAGGCGAGGUAUUCCUCGAGAAUCUGUCAAACUACUAUCACCAGCAUCACUCGAAGGGGAACUUGGCGGAUGGGAAGCAGCAGCAAAAUCAAACGAACUGGAAUGUCUCGGUGCACCGACCAUGCAUAGUGGUCGGCGAGCAGGCACCAAAUUCGGACUCAAUGAACGCAAUCCUGCGCUUUUCAUUAUCGAUGCGUUCUGUCCCGCGACUGAGACGGGGGACAGGCUUCAUUGACUUUGCUCCUGUGGAUGGGGUGGCGGAGGAGAUUGUAGAGGCAGCGCUGCAGAUAGGAUCUGGAGCAGUCGAGAGAGACAAUCUGGUUGUAGCGAAGGCUGAGGAUGUUGCUCUCCAGUUCAGGCACCACUCAAGCAAUGUCAAGGUGCCUCUGGAUAAGUUCCGCGAUUAUUUGGAGAAGGUGUAUGGUGGGCGAUUUGAGGCACUCGAGAUGCGGGAGUGGGUUGUGAAGGCUUCUGGAGAGGGCAUCGAUCCGUUGAUCACGGCGUAUCUAGAUGGGGUUUUAGAUACGGACGAGGAGAUGAUAUUUCCUUAUCUUGGGAAGGAUUAG